CCCCUCAUACAGUAGUACUGCACGUUUGACAAUGUCGACGCGCGAGGUCAUCACGCUCCAGUUUGGCCACUAUGCGAAUUUUGUCGGAACGCACUUCUGGAACGCCCAGCAGGCGCAGUUCACGCUCCCGAGUCCGAACGCAGUCCAGCAUGUCGACCACGACGUGCUCUUCCGCAGCGGCCAGACGCGGGCGAGCGACGACGAAGCCAGCGCAUCAUCGGGCUCGCUGCUGCUGAGUGGCAAUCAGACGGGCGCGGUGAUCUCGACGUACACGCCGCGCCUGCUCGCGUUCGACCUGAAGGGCAGUCUCAGCACAAUGAGCAAGGUUGGCGCCGGGUUGUACUCGGAGUACUCGGAGCGACCGUCCACCAGCAGCGCCGACCAGCAAGCCGCAUGGGCUGGGAAUAUUCAACGAAUCGAGCAAUCCACUGCUCAGAAGCACCCCUUCAUGGCCGAGCUGGACGCAGAUUAUCAUGCGGCGAUUGCAGGGCGACCCAGACCCCAGCGCGAACGAUUCGUGCUCGACUACCAAAAUGUUCGGUUUUGGUCGGACGUCUGUGUCAUGCACUUGCAUCCCCGUUCAGUUCAGCUGACAUCCAAGUUUGUGCAUCACAGCUCCAUCGAGCCGUUCGAUCUUUACGGCCACGGCUCCUCUGUCUGGGCAGAUCCAGAUUUCCAAGACAAGGUGGAAACCGACUUGCACUUCUUUGCGGAGGAAUGCGACUCUCUGCAUGGGUUUCACAUCCUUGCGGAUGUCGCCAGUGGGUUUGGUGGCUUGACGGAAUCCGUCUUAUCGCUCGUUGCAGACGAGUAUGGCUCAAAGUCACGUCUCGUAUUUGGGCUGUCUCCGUAUUGUCACAACUACUCGGACGAUCUGCAGCAGGAGACGUACCGAGCCAAGAGUGCCAUCAACAACGUUCUUAGUACUGCGGCAAUCAGUGAAUUGGCGUCCUGUUACGUUCCCGUUUCCGACUCCAUUUUGAACUUUUCUCCACCCGGACUGAAUGCUCGUGCUAAUUCGUGGUAUCAUUCUUCUGCCGUGGUGGCGUCUCUCAUCGACACGGUCACCCUGCCUUAUCGAUUGACCAAGCAGCACACAUCCAUUCAUCACAUCCUGAGCGUGCUUGCACUCGGCGGUGCCCGGGGUGGCUUGGCCGGCCUCGCCGCUGCCACGCGCUACCCAAGGACCUUCAGUCCCGAAAAUCUGGACAAGCAACUCGAGUCUGCCCCUUCGUACCGCUCCUCUGAUGUCGAAGCUGCCUUUACAUCAUUUACACCUGGUGUUUCUGUGAAGGGUGACAUUCGGUCUCAAUUCACGACGCUUCGUGGAAUUCUCAAGGGGUUAUCUGGAGAGCAAACGCAAGAAGUGUUUUCUCACUUUGCCGUUGCUGGAUCGCUGUCGCAAGCAUGUGACACGUCUAGCGCCUUCCCGUUGGAGGCCCCAUUCCCGUGCUCGGUCUUUGGAUACGCCUCCGCCUCGGAAAUUCCGACUUCUCACCCCGUCAUCGCGUCCCUCCGCUCUGGUGGUCGGGUGAGCAGUGGCGCCGUCAAUCACGCAGUCAAGGCCCUACGUGACGCGAGCUACGCUACCUACGCGCACGAGUAUGAUAAUUGUGGCGUGAGCCGUGACGAUCUGACAGAGGCCCGCGAAUCUCUCCUCAACCUGCGGGACACUGAUUCGGAUGAUGUCGACUUCUAGAGAAAGAAGUGUACCAGUACGCUCAAUAUUCUCCUUGUAUUUUGCUCAGCAUUUAAAGUACAC